GGACGUGGGACUGGACUCGGGGGAGAGUCGAAGGAAGGAAGAGUUGCGUCGGCGAGUGUCGAUGUCUGUCACGAUCGUCGCUGCUGCUGCUGAUCCGAAGUUCCUCUACCUCCUCGUCCUCCUCGUCGACGACGAUGAUGUUGUUGCAGUGAUUGAUUCGCGGAUCUCUCACCUGGUUUUAACUUUUUGUCAUUUUCGCGCACUCGCGUGGGGGGGUUGCUGUUGCGGUCUUGGAAGGCGCCUCUCGCAGCGGUAUCGCCUUUUCUGAUUGGGGUGGGGACUCACCUACGGUUUGCGAAUCAGACCAUCCGAUCGUCAAACAGAAAGUGAAAGCGAGGUCAAGGGGAAAGCGAAAGUUGCAAGAGUAGGUAGGAUGUUGGAAGUCUGAGGAAAGUGUUGGGUUUGGAGGAGGAGGUGGUGGUGGUGGUGGUGGAGCAGAGCAGACGAGGCAGGAGUGCGCAUGGAUCAGUGGAGUAUGGCGAGAGGUGCUGGACAGCCGCAGCAACAGCAGCAGCAAGCUGCUCAUGUACCGCAGCAAGGGGUUGCUUCGCAGUAUUCUUAUUCAGCUGGCUCAUAUUCGGGACAACAAGCAGGUGCUCCAGCCUCUACAGCAAGUGCGGCAUAUGGGCAACCACAAGCGUACGCCCAACAAGGUUAUAGCCAGCAAGCCUACCAGCAACCAACCGCAGCAUCCGCCCAAGUAGGUUACGCAAACACUGCCACGUAUGGUGCUCCUGCCACAACUGCUCAACAGUCGGCGCAGCAGCAGCAGGUGGCCUGGUCGCAACAGGCCGCUGCUCAGGGUGCCCAACAGGCUGAUGCUCAGCAGGGUGUGUAUGGCCGUGUUUCUACCGGUGUGGCAUCGGUGCCUGCUAGUGGUGGAUCAAUAAAUGUAGCUAGUCAAUAUGGGGGUCAGUAUGGAGCUGUUUAUGUUGGUCGUCAGGGCGGUAGCCAGCAGGUACUAGGGGCAAGCGGUCGAUCUGCUGAGGAUUAUCAACCGCAGAGUGCCGGCACCCGCGGCUCAACGGCGUAUGGUGCACCUCAAGAUAGCAGAGCUACCUUAGGCAGCGGCGCUUCCUCCGUGGUCGGAGGUGUACCAUCUGUAAAUGCAUCUGGUGUGUACGGUGCUACUCAUCAUACAAAAUACACUGAAGUAUCCAAGUAUAAAGAGGCUCCUAAAUAUGGCGAUAUUGCUAAGUACGGUGACAAUGCUAAAUACGCUGGCAGUGCUUCAACGGCAGACUAUGCUGGGAAAGCUAAUGAGUAUGGGGGAGCUACUUCACCUACGGGCUACAGUCAGAAGACGACAGCGGACCAAUAUGCCGUCAGCUAUAACAUAAAGCCCGCUGAUUACGGAAUGGCAGAAAGGAGUCAUUAUGGACAAGGACAGAAUAUUUACGGACAAGCUGAUUCCCGGGCGGACUCUGUUCGCGGCUAUCAAGAUUCUCAUGCAGUAACCGCUAGUUCUAUCCAGCAAAGACAGAGUCAGCUUCUUCUACAGCAGCAAGCUCUCCAGGCUCAGCAACUGCAAGCUUCCAUAGCCAAUCGCGGAACUGCGACCUCUCCCUUGGAGGGUGCCACACGGGCUCAAGGAGAUUAUAUUGGAAGAGGGACUGCUGUACGAGCAGGUGGUGCGCAGGAUUAUGGUGGUAACUCUAGGGGAAUGUUAGGCGGAAACUACGGAGCCAAUCGUGCCGAAGCGGAAUUGGUAGCGCAAUAUGGAGGCGCAGGAGGAGGACGGAGCGCAGCAGCUGAUCCAAGGCUUAGCGCUGGCAGUGGUGCUGGCUACGUAAGCAACCAACAAGCUUCAGUUUAUGGAGGCAUGAGUGGUGGGCGGGGUCCUGGCGGAGGACAAAUAUAUGGUGCUCAUAAUGUACCUGCGAUGGGUUAUGGUGGAGUGCAGCUACCUCCAGGACGUGAUUACAGUGCUGGACGUGGAACUGGUGGAGGGGGGUUCCCUGUUCAGAGAGAGAGCAGCUAUAGUGGUGGUCGCCCUGAACGGCCGAGUAUCGGAAGCAGUCGUAAUGACGAUCGCCUUGAUCCACGACCUCCAUUUCGGUCUGGAGGCGGAGAUCGACGCUACGAUGAUGCCAAUCGUCGUCACAGCAGGGAUAGUAUGACCAGAGAUAGCAUUAACAGGGAUAGUAACAGCAGAGAUAGAGGACGGAGCAACAACAGAAUGCUAGUGAGUGGUGGUAGAGGCUCAUCUGGAGGUGGUGGUCCCUACGAUCGUGAUGAUCGGGAGAGAGGACGAGACCGGGAUAGGGACAGGAAAGACGAUGACAGGAAGAGAGAUCGUAGUCCUGGUCAACGGGCCUCUCAUGACCGCAAAAUGUCUCCAUCUGGUGACCGAGAUGAUCGGAAUCGUAAAGAGUCACCACGGCGAGGUACCUCCUACAGGCAUGCAUCUCCUUCAAAGGAGAAAAGGAGGGAGUAUGUUUGCAAGAUUGAGCCCUACAGUUUAGUGGAUUUAGAAAGAGACUACGCGUCUGUUUGCAAGCGGUACGCUAAGCUCUACGUGGUGCCUGAAUUCUCGAAGCUAGUUGCCUGUUGGGUGACCAGAGACGUGGAAUUGCCUAUCAACGAACCAAUCAGCUUUGAGCACGAUGCUGUAGACAUAGAGGAUGAGGGCGAGUCCAUUAAGGAGGCCCCACCAAAUAUCUCCGACAAAGCAUUUCCUUCUUCGGCUUCAGCAAUUACUCCCUCUUCUCCUACUUCGUCUAAGCCGGCACUGCGAACUACCGUGUGGAACGCAAAGGUCAUGCUGAUGAGUGGGCUUAGUUCAGAUGCUUACUCGGAAUUUUUUUCAGAUAAGAGCACAGAAGAUAAGCCUGCUCACAUACACAAUCUGCUUAAGUUUGUAGCUUUAAGGAAGGAUCGGAGUGCAAUUAUGGCUGCUGGUGGGCGUUGGGAUGAGGAACUUGACGGGGGCGAUCCAACUGAUGGUGAUAGUGCUUUAAUCAAGACUGCUAUCAGGUGUACAAGAGAAUAUUUGCAACUGGAUCUCAGUGACUGCAAGAAAUGGAGUCGCAUAGUCGAGGUUCACUAUGAAAGACUAGGAGAAAAUGGGCUGCCGAGUCACAAAGAGAUCACAGUGAUGUUUCUUCCAACAAUAAGUUGUAUAUCUUCGGGUGAAGUGUGGCAAGCACAGUGGAAAGCAAGGCAACAAGCUAAGCUCGAAUCUGACGCUGCAGCUAAGAAAACAAAGGUGAAUAAUGAGGAUGCAUCAGAGAAGAUAUCAAAAGAAGGUGAAUCAAAUGGUGACAAAGAGGUAAAGGAAGUAGUGGGGGUGAAUGAAGAAGAGUCCGUUUCCGAAGUAAAGACCGACAACCUUGACAAGUUGGAUGAAAAUCAAGAUAAACCAGAGAAUGACCCUGGGAAAGUUGUACCUGAAAAAAAUAAGGAACUGCUUAUCACUCUGGAAGAAAUUCCUGCUCCUGGUCUUGUGCUCACGACCAAACGUUCCAAGUCAUUCAAGAUGCGCUCUAUGACUAUCUCUCUUGAUGGGCUGCUUGAUUACGACGAAGAGGAUAGAGAAGAGUGUACUUUUGAGCUCUCGUUAUUUGCGGAGGUGUUGCAAGAAUUGUUACAGCACAAGUUGGGAAAUGUUAUUCUGUCUAAUUUGGAGACCAUACGGGAAGAGUCCUUGGCUCGGAGGAAUGAGGAGAGAAAACGGAAACAAGAGAAUGAGAAAGACACGGACGCAGAAGGUUCAUCCUCACAGCGGAAGCGCAGUAAAUUUUCAGAUAAACCUGAUGUGGAAGUGAAAGUUGAGGUGGAUGUGAAAUUAAACCCAGAGGUAAACGUGGAUGGAGAGUCUCUUAAGUUGACGGAGAAAGUGGAGGAAAAUGGAACAGGCCGGGUGGAAAUGGAGGAUAUCAAGGUGGAGUCGGACUCUGGCGACUCUCAUACUGCCGCACUUGUGAGUGUAGAGAGCGUAGUGAAGGCAACAGAGGAGGAGAAACUGGAAGAUCGGAAGGUGGAGAAAAAGGUUGUAGUGGACCAAGAGCUGCUGCUGGCGUAUCGAUAUUUUGACAAGAGUAGAGUGGGAUAUCUCAAGUCGGAUGAUUUACGGCGUCUACUUCACUGCCUUGGAAAAUUUCUCACACACAGAAAUGUUAAGGACAUUGUCGCAUGUGCAGUGUCAGAGAGCAGCAAGUCUACCCGUGACGAUCGUAUAAUUUAUCGCAUCUUUACUGAAAAAGAAGUAGAAGUUGGCAUGGAGGUUGUAUAAGUGGACCUUUUUUGCUAUGACUUCAGUCCUUUCUAUAGAUCUUCGCUUGUAACGCGUGUGAAGCUGUAGCGUAAGCCGUAUGUGACAAUUUUCUCUUCAAGUAAUUACGAUGAUUUUCUCUGAUGUAUGCACUCUCGUACAUCCCACCAGGUGGAUAAUCAGAAUUCCAUGCAGGAAAAUAUUUCUGUGCCAUUUAACA